UCAAGACAUAGAAGAGGUGUCAUUUAACUAGUUGUCAGUCGACAUAUUAUCACAAAUGUUUCAUAAAGGUUGAAAAGUUACCUAGUGUUGGUUUAACCAAAUUUGACCAGGGAAGUCGAUUGAGAUCAGAUUUUCGUUUUACAGUGUCUGAGAGUAAAACGAGGCACAAUAAAAGUAGAGAUGAAAAUAUCCCGUAUAUUGUAACAUGUUUUAAUAUUCCCCUUUGUUUUGCAGCUGAUUUGUACAAUUUCUAGGUUAAAUUAAUCUACUUUGCUUCAUUUCCUUUUUCCCUAGGUUUUCCGUUUAUGAGAGUGUUGGAAGGGUGUGGAGGUGAUAAAAUUAUGUAACAUCACUUGUGGUUGUCCUGCGACAGGAACAAGGAAAUAUGCAAUGACAACUGACUUCAACAAAUAGCUGCACGGUAGAAAAUACCGCAGCAACAAGGGACAAAGGUCCUGGGUUACGCUGGUUGCACCAAAAUUGACGCGUGGAUUCAUCACCUUAGUCCUAACAUAAUAAAAGGAAGGAUUAUGGACUACCCGCAAUUUCUCCAUCUGCUGCGGUUAGUGACUCUUGUCGCAGUAUUAACUAAGAAUAGCUAUGCUGUUGACGUAGAAGAUGUACAAGUUCACAACUUAACUGACAGUUUUCUGAAGGUGAUCCCUACUUGCAGAAGCAACUCGUCUCUUUCUAGUCUUGUGAUUGAGAGGAAUCAGAUUACCCUGUCAGACGAAGACAGAAAAUCUCUGGCCAGUUAUUCCGGACUGGUGGAGCUCCAUCUGGAUGAUAACUAUGUAACCAAUAUACCAUCUCGUUACUUGUCUAUUGUGCCCCAUCUCAAGGUGCUUUCAUUAUCCAGGAACAAAAUCAGCAGUAUACAGCCUGAGUCGCUGUAUGGCCUCCAUGACCUCACAGUGCUUAACCUGUCACACAACCUGCUGACAAGUCUUCCAGCGCAGCUAUUCAGCAAUCUUAAUAAUCUACAGGUGGUAGACCUACAAGACAACCCAUGGAAUUGUUCCUGCCAAUUGCUGAGAAGGAUUGAAGGGAUAAAAGCAGUCAUGACUGGAGGUCCAAAUACUAAAUGUGCUUCACCAGAGCAACAAGCUGGAAUGAAUCUUUCUGAGGCUAUCACUAAGUGCAAUCCAAAAUCCACACCUUCCUCAACCAUGCCCUCUCAAAACCCACUACGUCACACAACAGGGUACACUCAACAACCACAGUUGCCAGCCACUUUGCCCAAAACGAUGCAAACCACCAACCCAAACAACUAUGAACAAAAGCAUGCGUCUGGAAACACUUGGAUUUUCGCAGCGUGUGUUGCGGCCUUGGCACUGACUACAUCCAUUCUCAUCGUGUGUGCCAUCAAAGGCCCCGCCUGGUACAGGCUUUUCCACAACUAUAGACAUAAACGAUUACAGCAAGAGGAAAACCAAGAAGGCAGCACAACCUCGAGCAUCUACUCAGAGACGGGGAGGUACAUGAACCAACUGACGUUCACUUUUGAGCACCAUAGAGCUGAGAGGGAAGAGGAUGUGCAGUACUUUGAGGACCCAUACAUCAAACCAGAGGUGUAGCAUUGACUACUUGACUCUUAGGCUACGUUCAUACUACAGGUCUUAAUGCACGAAUCCGAUUUUUUCGUGUUUUUCCGACUCGAGUGAGGCAUUAACUUGACGGUCUGAACGUGACAAGUCGCAUAGAAAUGGACCAUUUCAAAUCCGAUCUGGGUCACUUUCGUAUGUGGUUCAAAUCUGAUCUGGGCCACAUUUUUCCAGACUGUCGCGGCGGUCUGUACUGUCCAAUCUCUCAAAUCGGAAUUCAUGCAGCAAUUACGUCAUCAAAAAGCGAGAGAGACGCUUAGGUAGCGGUGCAGCUAUGCGUCAUUAGCGCCUAGCUUGCCUUGAACACGGCUUUUUAGGAAGGGUCGGACUU